AAUUACAAUUACAAUACAGAGAGGGAGAGAGAGAAUGGGAUCGCUAGGUGAAACGCAGACUAUGAACGGCGGCGGCGGCGAUCAUCGCAAAGAUAGUAGUAUUACGGAGGGGAAAUACGGUUGCAGCAGCUUUCAGAUGCCGCUACACUACCCGAGAUACAUGAAGGCCGAUUACGAGAUGAUGCCGGAGUGGAAAUUAGACUGUCUUCUCAAAGAAUACGGCCUUCCACUCGCCGGAAAUCUCGAUCAGAAGAGGAAGUUCGCCAUGGGAGCUUUCCUCUGGCAGCAAUAAUUAAUAGACGUAUCAUCAUCAUUCUUCAUCGAUCAUCCUUCAUCAUUCUUCGUCGAUCAUUCAUCGAUCAUCGAUUCAUCGAUUCGAAUCGUCUAUUGUUAAAUUUCAUCUGCUGCUUUUUACUUAUGAUGGGUUUUGCUUAGAUUUAAUAACCUGUGCGUGAUUCUGCUUAUAUUUAUUAAUUAAUGAAAUUUUCUACUAAAAUUAAGAUACUAGUUUAUUAA